CAUCACUGGGAGCUGCUGACUUUCACCUAGCUAACAUAACGUUUUACCUUUUAGCGUUAGCUAGGUGACAUUUUCCUGUCUGGGACAACAGCUUACUAAACAGCCGCCUCGAUACAACUGCCGUAAACGACCGAUAAGCAGUUCAGUUUAAGAUUAAGUCAUCAUGGCAAGCCAGCGGCCUCCCACCAGCAUGGGCCGCCCUGUGAGCCGCAGUGGAACUCUCCCCCCUGGUGCUGGAAGGCCCCCAACCGCCAUCAGACCUCCUCCUACAGCUAUACGUGUCGCAACUGGGAUGGUUCCAGGAACAAGUGGUCAUCCUGGUAUGAGGGGCGGUGUCCCCAUUACCACCCCCGGAGUCCUGUCAGCACCAAUCAAAGUGACUGAGAGGCCAGUGACCCAACAGGGGCUCAGUGGGAUGAAGACUGGCAUGAAAGGGCCUCAGAGACAGAUUCUGGAUAAGUCCUACUACUUGGGCCUUCUGAGGAGUAAAAUCAACGAGUUAACCACAGAGACCAGCAAACUGCACAAGGAGAUCGAAAACUACAACCAGGAGAAUUCUGUUUAUCUGUCCUAUGAGAAGAGAGCUGAAGGCCUGGCUGUGGAGAUUAAGGAUCUACAAGGCCAUCUUGCUGACUACAACAUGCUGGUGGACAAGCUCAACACUAACACAGAGAUGGAAGAAAUGAUCAAUGACUACAACGCUGUGAAAGAUCAGAAUAACAGCGAGGCUGAAAGCAUUGAUACCAUCUUCACUGAGAGGAGAGAAAGAGAAGAGGCUAUCAGGGCGAUUGAAGAAGAGAUCAGGAGGGAGAAAAGCGUCGCUGACGAGGUGAUCCAGGCAAUGCCGGCUGCAAAGCAAGACAAGUAUUUCACCAUGAGAACAGCCAAUGACGAGCUGCGACAGGAGCUAACUGUUCUCCAGGAGGAGCUGGACAUUCUGAUAACCAGGAAGGAGGACUAUGAAGCAGAGCUGGCUCACUCACACAUUAAGCAGGAAGUGGUUCGGCUUCACGAGACUCUGUCAGCACUGGAGGCGAAGCGUGACACCAUGGAGGCUGAGCACAAGAGCCUGGGCUCCCCACAGGAGGAGAGAGAGAAAUUAUUUAAACAGGUGAAGGAGGACAACCAGGAAAUCGCCAGCAUGGAGAGACAACUUACAGAGAUCAGGGACAGGACCGGACAGAUCACAGAAGAGAUCCGUCAGCUGGAGCAGGACUCAGAGGAAGCUCAGGGAGAGUGUCGGCAGAAAUACAAGGAGCUGAAGAAGAAGGAGGAAGAAAUUGAACGGUACCUGGAGUCAUUUGAGGAGUCCAGGGCUCAGGAGCAGGAGAAGAUGACACAGAGCCAGGAGAACAUCAUCUCCCUCCUGGAGCACUGCAGCAGGAACAUGUUGCGGCUACAUCAGGUGGAUACUGUCACAGCCAGUGAGCUGAGGAACAUGCAGGAGGUGCUGGUCAGCAAAGAGACAGAGGUGGUCCAAUCAGAGAGCACUGCCAGGGGACUGACAACCGAGUCCCAGCGUCUGCAGCAGGACUUGGAGAAGGUGCAGCAGCUGGAGGGGAAGAUCACAGGAGAGCUGAGCACCCUGAAGGAGCGCCUCAGCACCAUGGAGUCAGAGCUGCACACCUACAGAGACCUGGACACCCUGAGGCUCAAGGCGGAGGAGAAGAAAAAGAGAUUACAGGAGGAGCGCCUAUCUCUGUCUCAGCGUGGAGAUUCAUUCAAACAGCUGCUGGAAGAAAUGAACCAGAAAUAUGAAGCUCUGAAGACCAAACUGCAAGAAAACGAGACUCACGCUCAGCUGGCCAACCUUGAGAGGAAAUGGCAACACUUGGAGCAGAACAACUUUGUAAUGAAAGAAUUCAUCGCCUCUAAAUCUCAGGAAAGUGACUACGACUCAGUCGCCAACAACGUCUUCCAACAAGUGGCAGAGUACAACAAGAGUCUGAUAGAAUCCCUGCAAAACAACAGGAGUUAAACACACAUAAAGCCAUGUUCUAUAUCAUCACACAUUUCAGUUCACGGCAUGAGACGUUGGAAUAGUUUAACACUGAUGCUCAGUUGUCUCUUCACAAAGCAUUGAUACUUCAGUAGCACUCAAAAAGAGCCAUUAGUUGUCUUAAAAGCUGCAAACUUCGACUCUCAAGACGAAAGAUUGCCUGUUUUACCUGUUAAAUAAUCAGUUUCAGUUUGUGAUAGAAGUGGAAAUGUUUUGUCAAACAGAUCUACGAGUCAAAGUUUGUAAGUAUUUAUCUACUAUCUGCUAUUUUGUAUUUAAAUGUGUCGUAUUAAAAUGACUCAUGUAGAUCUU